AUGGACCUUAAAGGUCUUCAUCUUCUGUUUCUUCUACUGCUGUCCCAGGGAAUUCAUCUUGCUCAAGGAAGUUGUGGCAGUGGAGAGUUUCAGUGCACUUCUGGACAAUGCAUCAACAUAGCUUGGAGGUGUGAUGGGACUAAAGACUGUGCAGAUGACUCCGAUGAGCUGAACUGUCCACCUCCAUCAUGCACCUCACAGGAGUUUAAGUGUGUAACAAGUGGUGAAUGCAUCUCUUCGGGAUUUGUCUGCGACGGAGAGGAAGAUUGCAUUGAUGGCUCAGAUGAACAAAGAACUUGUGGUGGCCGGACCUGCAGCCCAGACCAGUUCACCUGCCAGGAGGGCCAGUGUAUCCCCGGCAAAUACAGAUGUGACCAUGUAAAGGACUGCGUGGACAACACUGAUGAGCACAACUGCAACUAUCCCCCUUGUUCUGAGAAGACGUGUGCCAAUGGGGCCUGUUACAACAACACUCAGCACUGCAAUGGGCUGCAGGACUGUAGAGAUGGUUCUGAUGAAUACAACUGCACGACACAGCACUGUCCCAUCCACCAGUACGAGUGUGCAAAUGGCUACUGUAUCCCUACUCCGUUUGUGUGUGACCACUGGAAUGACUGUGGGGACAACAGCGAUGAGCAAGGCUGUGCGUACCAGAGCUGUAGUGGCGAUGAGUUUACAUGUUCGAGUGGCCGCUGUAUUUCUCAGCGCUGGGUGUGUGACGAGUUCAACGACUGUGGGGACUUCAGUGAUGAGAGCGGAUGUGACAGUAACUCUCGAUCCUGUUACCCUGGCGAGUGGGGAUGCCCAGGCUCAACAUUAUGUAUACCAGUGGGAAAAGUGUGUGACGAAAAACCUGACUGUCCUGGAGGAACCGAUGAGACCAACUCCACGGCACAGCAAACCUGCAGCCUGGAGCGGUGUUCUGCCUUGAGUUGUGAGUACCUGUGCCACCCGUCUCCUCAGGGAGGGGCCUGCUACUGCCCUGAUGGGUUCACUGUAGCCAAUGACAGCCGUUCCUGUGUAGAUUAUAAUGACUGUCAAAUCUGGGGGAUCUGUGACCAGCUGUGUGAAGAUCGUCCUGGGACGCACCACUGUAGCUGUGCUGAUGGGUACUUCUUGGAGCAGGGUCACGUCUGUAAAGCCAAUGUGUCAGCUGGAUUGCCACAGCUCAUUUUCACCAACGGGGGGGAUGUGAUGAUGGCUGAUAUACAUGGACGUUUUGUCAGAACUCUGGUGCCGUCCCAGGGCAAAGGUUAUGCUGUAGGUGUGGCAUAUCACUGGCACAGUGACACAGUCUUCUGGAGUGAUACAAACACCAACAAGGUGUACUCUGUGAACUACAAUGGGGGAAACAUUAAGGAGGUUCUGACUGCUGCAGUCCAGAGUGUGCAGAACCUGGCUGUGGACUGGAUCAACUUCAAACUCUACGUCUUAGAAGCCAUGAUGGAGCGUAUCGACAUGUGCGACUUUGAUGGAGGGAAUCGGGUCACACUGGUGGCUGAAAACCUGCAGACUCCUCAUGGCCGUCUGGACCCCACAGUGGGCUACAUGUUCUUCACAGACAUGGGUGUUUAUAAUGAGCAGAUGAAGCUUGAACGUGCCUUCAUGGAUGGCAGUAAUCGUGUGGAACUGGUGAAGAAGGGACUGGGCACUCCAACAGGAAUCACCCUGGAUAUCGUCACACAGAGGGUCUACUGGUCCGACAGCCACUUUGACACGGUGGAGACUGUCACGUACAGCGGUCUGGACAGGAAAAUGGUCCUUAAUGGUGCAACCCAGUCUCCACAUCCUUUUGGGAUUGCCGUGUUUGAAAACCACGUGUUCUUCACUGACUGGACCAAGAUGGGUGUGGUGAGAGCCAACAGGUUCAACGGCAGCAACCCAGCUCUCCUCUAUCGCACGGCAAAGCGUCCGGGCCACGUUGUAGUCUCUCACCCUGCCCUGCAGCCCGUUGUGAUGAACCCCUGCGGCCGACACAACGGUGGCUGUCAGCAGAUUUGUGUUUUGAGUCACCGCUCCGACAAUGACGGUCUAGGCUUUCGCUGCAAGUGUAGCCAUGGUUACGACCUGCAUUCAGACCGCCGGACCUGCUACAAGGUGAAGGACUUCUUGUUGUUGGCUACCUCUCUGGGAGUGCGGGGAAUCCCACUGAACUUGUCCCUGCAGGAGGACAUCACCCUGCCUCUCUCAGGGCUCGGGGCGUCUUUCUCUGGCUCCGCUGUGGAGUUUGACGGCAAAGAGGAAACCCUUUUCUACAACGACAGGUCCAGAGGCCUCGUCUAUGAGUCAAACCUCAAUGGCACUGUCCAACAGAUUUUGACGGGCUACAGAGUGGGAGUGAUUGACGCCAUGGCUUACGACUGGACCUCCAAAGUCUUGUUUUGGACCACUAGCACCUACAAGUCUGUGGUGGCUUUCAGAGUCGCAGACAAAUCGAGACGAGAUGUUGUGACGGGAUUAAGGAACCCAAAAGGAAUAGCAGUGCAUCCCGGCGCUGGCUACUUGUUUUGGUCUGACUGGUACCGUCCCGCGGUCAUCAUGAAAGGCUUCACAGACGGCAGCAACGCAGUUCCUCUGGUCAACACAACGCUGGGAUGGCCGUAUGGACUUUCUGUAGACUAUGUGAUGGACCGGCUGUACUGGGUGGAUUACCAGUUGGAGCAGAUCGGUCACAUCGGCAUCGAAGGAUACGACAGACAAACAUUUACCAAUAUCGGCCAGAUCACACAACCCUACUCUCUUACUAUUUAUUCAGACUACCUGUAUGUAGCUGAUAUAAGGACUAGAGGAGUAUUCGAGAUGAGGAAGAGGGAUGGAGGAGGAAACAUCAUGAUCAGACAAGGAGUCACCGGCAUCAUGAAUAUCAAGGCCUAUACAGCUGACCUCCACAGCGCUAUCACCAGCCGCUGCAAUGUGGUUGCCAACGGGCUCUGCAGCCACUUCUGUUUCCCGACCCCCUCCUACAGUCGAGUGUGUGGCUGUCCAUAUGGCAUGAAACUUCAGGCCAAUCAGAGGGACUGCAUCAAAGACGAUUCUGUCCCCCCGCCUGACAACAACUGUGGCGACUUCGCCUUUGAGUGUGAUGAAGGACGCUGCAGGCCCAAUUCCCACCGCUGCGACGGAAUCAGUGAUUGCGUUGAUAAGUCUGAUGAGGCCAACUGCACUGAUACAGGAGCGACCUGCUCUCCAUACGCGUUCACCUGCAACAACAAGCACUGUAUACAGUCUGGCUGGCGCUGCGAUGGUAUGGACGACUGCGGCGACGGCUCUGAUGAGAUGAACUGUCCCACUCGACUUCCCACCACAUGUGACGCCAGCUUAUUUACCUGUAAUAACAACAUGUGUAUCUCCAAGAAGUGGUUGUGUGAUGGUGACAACGACUGCGGCGACGGCUCUGACGAACACAACUGCAAUUCGACCAUCACUACAUGCUCUCCAAACUACUUCCUGUGUCCCGACCACCGCUGCAUCUACAACUCCUACGUGUGUGAUGGAGACCAGGAUUGUCUGGAUGGCUCUGAUGAGAAAAACUGUGAGUACGCCUGUCCCUCCUAUGAGUUUGCCUGUGCCAGUGGGGACCAGUGCGUCAGUUCCAGGUAUCGGUGUGACGGAGUGUUUGACUGCAGGGACCAUUCGGAUGAGCGAGACUGUCCCACCCGAGGUCCAGGCCUCUGCCACGAUGACGAGUUCCAGUGCCAGACGGACGGUUUCUGCAUACCAAAGGCCUGGGAGUGUGACGGACAUCCAGACUGCGAGGACGGAUCAGACGAACACAACUCCUGCGCCCCCGUCACCUGCAGGCCAAACUACUUCCAGUGCACCAACAAGAUCUGCAUCCCAGCAGGCUGGUUGUGUGACGGCGACAACGACUGCCAGGACAUGAGUGAUGAACAGGACUGCCCCACCCCUCCGUUUAGCUGCCCCUCCGGACAGUGGCAGUGCCCCACUGACCUGCUGUGCAUUGAUCUGGACAAGGUGUGCAACGGCCAGAGGGACUGCCCCAAUGGAGCGGAUGAGUCGCCUAUUUGCAACCAAGACGACUGUGGGCUGGACAACGGGGGCUGCAGUAACGGCUGUAUCCAAGGACCGUUCGGGGCUCAGUGCACCUGUCCCUCAGGCUUUCAGCUCCUCAACGACUCCAAGACCUGCGAAGACAUCGACGAGUGUCUGAUCCCAGGUUUCUGCAGCCAGCAGUGCUUCAACGAGAGAGGAAGCUUCCGGUGCUACUGUUCAGACGGUUACUUCCUAGAGCCUGAUGGGCGCACCUGUAAAGCUGCAGACCCAAUAGCAGCUACACUUCUGGUUGCCAAGCGAAGCCAGAUCAUCGCCAAUCGGAUCAACAUGAGACCCCCCCUGUUGCAUCCAGUGGUCAGCGGUUCAAGUAUCGUGACUGUGGACUUUGAUCGAGUAACUUCCCGGAUAUACUGGGCAGAUUCCUCGCAGAAGAAGAUAUGGAGUGCCUACCAGAACGGCACAGACAGACGGGAAGUGUUCUCCUCCGGUCUGAUGGUACCAGAGAGUAUAGCUGUGGACUGGGUGGCUCGGAACCUUUAUUGGACCGACUCUGUGAUGGAGAACAUUGAGGUCUCAACUCUGGACGGUCGCUUCCGAAAAGUCCUCCUCACCAAGAAUGUUACCAGCCCCCGCGGACUGGUUUUAGACCCCCGUAACCACACCUACCUGAUGUUCUGGUCCGACUGGGGUCAGAACCCCAGGAUCGAGCGGGCCGACAUGGAUGGAGCCAUGAGACAAGUCAUCGUCAGCACCAAACUCUACUGGCCCAACGGCCUGGCCCUGGACUACACUACCCGCAGGGUCUACUUUGCUGACGCCUACCUCAAAUAUAUUGACUACUGUGACUAUGAUGGCAACAACCGGUAUCAGGUCAUGGCCAGUGACAUGGUUCUCCAGCACCCUCACGGUAUGACCAUCUUUGAGGACAACAUCUACUGGUCGGAGCGCUACACCAGCAAAGUGAUGAGGACAAACAAGUUCCACGGUGGCAACAUCACCACUCUGAUGACCAAUGUCUACCAGCCAAUGGGCAUCGUUAUGGACCAUCCCAUCAAACAGCCCACAGCCAUCAACCCAUGCAGAGAGCACCUGUGCACUCAGCUGUGUCUGCUGGCAGGCAUUAGACCCCGGUACUACACCUGCCACUGUCAGUCUGGCUGGAAGCUCGAUGCAGACAAACGCACCUGUGUCAAAGAUGAGACUCCCUUCUUGAUGGUGGUGAGAGAUUCUGUGAUUUUUGGCAUUCCUCUGGACCCCGCUGACCCUUCCAACAAUGCAAUGGCCCCAGUUUCUGGCAUCAGCCAGGGGCGGGACAUCGACUUUGAUGACCAGCUGCAGUUAAUCUAUUGGGUCCAAAGCAGUGGUUCUAUAUGGCAAGUGAAGACCAGCGGUACCAACCGGUCUGAGUUUGCUCCAGCUGCUUUCAUGGGCUCGCCGUCUGGUCUGGCUUUUGAUUGGAUAGGCCGGAUUAUGUAUUACACUAAUCCCACUGUUAAAACCAUAGAGGUUAUCCGUGUGGAUGGAGACCAGCACUACAGGAAGACCCUCAUCACGUCCACUGGCAAACCGGAGGGAGCAGGAGAGCCCAUUGGAAUCGCCCUGGAUCCAGCCCGAGGGAAAUUGUUUUGGACAGAUAAGGGGUCCGACAAUGGUGUUCCCCCAAAGGUCGGCAGUGCUGAUAUGGACGGGGGGAACCUCAGGAACCUGUACACAGGGAACCUGGCCAACAUAGGAUACAUUGCUGCUGACAUCUCCACCAGGAAACUGUACUGGGGAGUGGCGGGCUCAGGGGUGGUAUGUACAGUGUACAUUAUCAACAUCCUCUUCGCUCUCCUUGCCCAGAUUGAGAGUGGCACCAUGGAUGGGGUCACCCGGAUGGCGGUGAACCACCUUUACUACACCGACCUGGACUAUGAGGUCAUCGAGAGGGUGGACAAGGACACCGGUGCCAAUAUGGUGAUGUUGAGGAGCGGCAUGUCUGGCCUGCGCGCCCUCAAAGUGCACGCCAGAGACAAUUCAGCAGGGACGACCAACGCCUGUAGCUCCAACAACGGGGGAUGCCCCCACCUCUGUCUUCCAACACCGGACAAUAAGAAGACCUGUGCCUGCACUACAGGAUUCAACCCUUCUCAAGACGGCUCCCGCUGUGAACAAUAUGAGUCUUUUGCAGUCGUCUCCACAUCAAAGUUCAUCCGAGGCUUCCACAUAAACAGCUCAGACCACUCCGAGGCUAUGGUGCCUGUCGGGGGAACUUCCUACUCCGUUAAGAGCAAGUUGGACCUCCAUAUUGAAUCUGGCUUUGUGUACUGGAGUGACAACAGCACCUCCACCUCAUACAGGGGCAUCUUCAGGGCCAAGACAGACGGAGGAAGAUACAGCACUGUCCUCAACUCUGGCAUUGGAAGAGGAGGCAUCCAGGGCUUCGCUGUGGACUGGAUUGCAGGUAACCUUUACUUCACCAAUGCCUUUGAAGGCGAGACCUUCCUUGAGGUGCUUGCCAUCAACACCACGUACCGGAUGAUUCUCCUCAAGUCCUCGCAGGACCAGCCCCGUGACGUAGCUGUCAGCCCUAAACUCCGCUACCUCUUCUGGACGGAUGGUGGCCAGACACCCAAAAUCGAGCGAGCCCUGCUGGACGGCACAAACCGCACUGUGUUGGCUUCAGAAAGCCUGGCGUCCCCUCGCGGCCUGACCAUUGAUUACACCAAUGAUUUCCUCUACUGGACAGAUGACGUUCUUGAUAUGAUCUCCAGAAUGGCCGCAGACGGCACCCAGAGGCAGAUUGUCCGGUACGGGAGCCGGUAUCCAUCUCCAACAGGGGUGGCUAUAUUUGGAAACUACAUGCUGUGGGUGGAUAAAAAACUUGGGAAGCUCCUACAGGCCAGUAAGGACCCGGCCAAUACCGACCAACCAGAGGUUAUUCGGGACAAUCUCGACGGGCUGAUGGAUGUCUCUGUGUUUGACGCUCAUGUCCAGCCGACAUCUGCCAACCAGGUGGGCUUCAACCCAUGUCAUGAAGAUAACGGACGCUGCCAGCAGCUCUGCUUCGCCCUGCCAGGCCAGGAGGCUCCAAAAUGUGGCUGUGCUCAUGGGUCACUCCUUAGUAACGGAGUAACAUGUGGUUACGGACAGGACGAGUUUCUCGUUUUCACCACAGACUACACGCUGAAUAGCAUGAGGCUAGAUCCUGCAGAUCACAGCACCCCCUACCCAACCGUGAACUUAGGCUACAACUUGAUGGCUUUGGAUUAUGAUUUCAAAGAGAAGAGAAUUUUCUUCACCCAGUACAUGGGGAUUGGUCGGAGCAGAAUUGGUUACGUCACCACAACAUCCAUCACCACCCCGCCUGUCAUUUUGGCUACAAAUUUGGAUGACCCAGAGGGAUUGGCGUAUGAUUGGAUCAACAAGCGUCUCUACUUCACUGACUACUACAGCCGCACUGUCCAGUCCAUGGGGGUGGAUGGGACGAACCGCUCCAUCAUCACCCAUGCAAACCGUCCCAGAGGCAUCAUCGUUGACCCCUGCUACGGCUACGUGUACUGGACUGACUGGGGCUAUCCGGCUAAGAUUGAGAGGGCCACACUGGGUGGAAACUUCCAGACCGCCAUCAUCAACACCAGCCUGACCACGCCCAAUGGCCUGUCCCUGGAUUACGAGGAGAGGAUGCUCUACUGGGCUGAUUCCUCAUUAGAUAAGAUCGAGAGGUCCACUCUGACUGGGGAGAACCGACAAGUGAUCGUGCAGGGGGUCCAGUACCCGUACGCCAUGACCGUCUUCAAACAGGACAUCUUCUGGACCGACUGGACUGAGAGAGCCAUCUUUAGGGCCGGGAAGGACGAUGGCUCUGACUUUGCAGUGCUGACCCAGGACAUGCAGUUCCGACCAAACGACAUCCACGUUUAUUCCGCAUCUAAGCAGGAGAGCUGCAACAGCUCCUGUCAGCAGUUCAACGGAGGCUGCAGUAAUAUUUGUGUUUCUGGUCCAUUGGGCCCUGAGUGCCAGUGUCCUCAACUGGGGAAGUGGUACCUGGCCAACAAUGGCAAAGACUGUAUCAAAGACACGGGGAAGCACUGCGAGCCAGAGCAGUUCACCUGUCUGAACGGUGACUGCAUCUCAGCGCGCUGGAAGUGUGACGGCUACAAAGACUGCUACGACAACUCAGAUGAGCUGGAGAGAGUGUGUGCCUUCCACACCUGCUCCGCCAUGGACUUCACCUGUGACAAUGGCCGCUGCGUGCCGAUGAGCUACGCCUGUGACUACACGGACGACUGUGGUGACAACAGUGACGAACUAGGCUGCCCCUUCCCCACAUGUAACCCCGCUACCGAGUACACCUGCACCGACGGGCGCUGCAUCAGUGCAGCCUUCGUCUGCGACGGCCACAACGACUGCCGAGACAACACCACCUCUGACGAGAUCAACUGCCCUGACAGGACGUGUCCAGCAGGACAGAUCAAGUGUGAACGCAACAACAUCUGCAUCUACCCUGAGAACCUGUGUGAUGGCUACAACAACUGUGGAGACAACAGCGAUGAGAUUCCCCUCUUCUGCGCGGGUCGCACAUGCUCUCCGGAUCAGUUCAGCUGUGAUGGAGGGAAGUGUAUCCCCAAAUUUUGGGUGUGUGACUCCGUCCGAGACUGCAAUGACGGGACAGAUGAACCUCUUUCCUGCAAGGAUCAAAUCAAAACAUGCGGUCCCAGCCAGUUCACCUGUACAAAUGGAAACUGCAUCCCCCAGUUAUUGGUGUGCGAUGGCAACAAUGACUGCUGGGACGACAGUGACGAGGCUCCUGAACUACAGUGUGGCCAACGCACCUGCAGUUCGGACCAGUUCACCUGUCUGACCUGGUAUCCCGGGUACCCGCGCUGUGUGCCGUUGAGCUACGUGUGUGAUGGGGACAAAGACUGCGCCAACGCGGCCGAUGAGCUCCAGAACUGCCCCAACCGCACCUGCCACAUGAACGAGUUUGCCUGCUCCAACGGGCUCUGCAUCCUCCUCCACUACCAGUGCGACCGUGUCAACGACUGCGGGGACGGCAGUGAUGAGUCGGGCUGUACCUAUGACACCUGCAGCAGCAGCCAGUUCACCUGCGGUAAUGGCGCCUGCAUCUCCACCUCCUUCGCCUGCGACGGGGUGAUCGACUGCAUGGACGGCUCAGAUGAGGCCGACAGCUUGUGCGUCACGACCCAGCCCACCUGUGCUCCCACGCAGUACAUGUGCAAGUCAGGCGAGUGUAUCGACAUCAACAAGGUGUGCAACGGACAGAAAGACUGCCAGGACAACAGCGACGAGAAAGGAUGCGGAAUCAAUGAGUGCCGUAGCCCGUCUGUUCACAAGUGUGCUCAGCUCUGCACCGACACCCUGACCGGGUACUACUGCUCCUGCAACGCCGGGUACCAACUCAUGCCAGACGGCAAGGCGUGCGAGGACCUCGAUGAGUGUUCCAGCACACCAGCCGUCUGCAGCCAGAUCUGCGAGAACGCUGUCGGGUCGUACCACUGCAAAUGUGCCCCGGGGUACCUCCGUGAACCAGACGGACGCACCUGUCGUCAGAACAGUGGCAUCGCCCCCUACCUGUUGUACAGUAACCGCUACUACAUCCGAAAUUUAACCACCGAUGGGUCACAUCUGAGUAUCGUCCUGCAGGGGCUCUCCAAUGUGGUGGCUUUAGAUUUUGACGAUCAGGAGAAGAGGCUUUACUGGCUGGAUACCGGGACGGGGAAGAUUGAGAGGAUGCGUUUUGACGGGACCGACAGGGAGACGGUGAAAGGCGAUGCAAGAGGAGUUGAAGGCCUGGCACUUGACUGGGUGGGCAGGAAAUUGUACUGGGUGGAUGGUUUUUACGGUUCGGUUCACGUGAUGGAGCUGGAUGGGCGCUACCAGAAGAGACUGCUGUCAGGAGACUUCAAAGAAGGAAAUACGACCUAUCUCAUCAGCCGACCUCGUGCUGUGGCUGUUAACCCUAAAUAUGGAUGGCUGUACUGGACUGACUGGGGUGACACAGCAUAUAUCGGCCGAGUCGGCAUGGAUGGAACCAACAUCAGUGCCAUCAUCACAACCAAGCUGGAGUGGCCCAACGCUCUGACCAUCGACUACACCACCAACAAGAUCUUCUUUGCUGAUUCCCACCUUAACUUUCUGGAUUUCGCAGACAUGGACGGCAAGAACCGCCACCGGGCCAUUGCUGGUACGCUUCCUCAUGUCUUUGCUGCUUCCUUGUUUGAGGACUGGGUCUACUGGACGGACUGGAAUACACACACAGUGGAGAAGGCUCACAAGUACACUGGAGAGCAGCGCACCAUCAUGGGCAACAACACGCAUCGGCCCUAUGACAUCCGCGUCUACCACCCGUACAGGCAGCCUCGCAGUGAGAACCCCUGCUCCUCCCACUACCUGACCUGCAGUCACCUGUGUCUGGUUGCCCCCGGCGGACAGAAAGCCACAUGCCAGUGUCCAGAUCACUUCAUCGGCCUCGCUGUCGGCUUCAAAAUCCAGUGUGUCGCGGACUGCUCCAGCACGCAGUUCCGCUGCGGGGACAAUGAGAAGUGUAUUUCUAUAUGGUGGAAGUGUGACGGCCAGUCAGAUUGCGGUGACGGCUCAGAUGAACCUCAGACCUGCCCGCCCCGUGUCUGCCCCAUCGGCCAGUUCCAGUGUCAGGAUGGCCACUGCACCUACCCCGGCUUCCUCUGCGACGGCGACGCCGACUGCCCCGACAGUUCAGAUGAGGAUGCAGCGCUCUGCAGUGACCACCGAUGCCAGGAAAACCAGUUCCAGUGUAAAAAUAAGAAGUGCAUUCCAGUGUCCUGGCACUGCGACGGAGUGAGUGACUGUGGAGACGACAGCGACGAGGACGCAGAGACGUGUUCCCAGAGGACCUGCAAACCGGGACAGUUCCAGUGUGCCAACGGUCGCUGUCUGCCGUCGAGCUACGUGUGCGACGCCCAGGACGACUGCGGGGACAAAUCUGAUGAGCCGUAUGAAACCUGCAUGGGUCCAGACUACAAGUGUGAUCCGGACACUGAGUUCUCCUGCAAGACAAACUACCGCUGUGUUCCUCAGUGGGCCCGAUGUGACGGCACCAACGACUGCAUCGACAACACCGACGAGCAGGGCUGCGAGGAGGUGACCUGUGAUCCUCUGGGAGAUUUCCGAUGUGACAACCACCGCUGUGUCCCUAUCCGCUGGCAGUGUGAUGGCAGCAACGACUGUGGUGACGGCUCAGAUGAAAGGAACUGCCAGCCGAGGCCUUGCUCUGAAAGUGAGUAUCGGUGUGACGAUGGGCAGUGCAUCCCUGGAAACUGGGUGUGUGACCAUGACAACGACUGUGGGGACGAUUCGGAUGAACGGGACUGUGAGUUGCAGACGUGUCGUCCCGGAUCUUUCCAGUGUGACUCGGGUCACUGUUUCCCCGCUGCUCUGCAGUGUGACGGCCGGCCCGACUGUCAGGACCUGUCAGAUGAGACCAGCUGUCCUACUCGUUACCCAGGAGGCCGUUGGUGCCCUCAGAGCCAGUUCCAGUGCGCGAACAGUCUGUGUGUGAGCCAGAGCUGGGUGUGCGACGGCAUAGAUGACUGCGGAGACCGCUCUGACGAACAGCUCACUUUAUGCUGUGAGAAAUAUUGUUUUUUGUAAUGCAGUUCUGUGAAAUUGUGUCCAAACAGUGUAAUCAACGACUUCAAUGAAGAAUUAUGCCGCGAGCCCACGCUGCCACCCUGCACACUGGAAGAGUUUAAAUGCACCAACGGACACUGUGUGGCCCUGCCGUACGUCUGUGACCACAACGACAACUGUGGGGACCGCACCGAUGAAUUAGGCUGCAAUUUUGGCCAUGACCGCAACUGUGAAGAGAAGCUGUGCCAGCACGAGUGCACCAACCUCAACGGCUCCGGCUUCAUCUGCUCCUGCCGGCCCGGAUACAGCGUGGACCCAGUCAGCACCUACACCUGCCAGGACGUCGAUGAGUGUGAGGUGUUCGGCACCUGCCCACAGGUCUGUAAGAACACCAAAGGCAGCUACGACUGUGAGUGUGCCCCCGGCUACCGGAAAGUGGGCAACGGCAACAUGUGCGAGGCUGAGGGAGCGACUCCCCUGCUGCUUCUUCCGGAGAACAUUCGUAUCCGGAGGUUCAACCUGCAGACGGAGGCCUACCACGACUUCCUCCGAGAAGAGGAGCGAAUUAUGGCUCUGGACUACGACUGGGACCACAACAACACCGGACUCAGUAUGGUGUACUUCACUGUAGCCGGUAAAGACUCUGCAGCAGGGGCCAUUAAGAGAGCGUACAUCCCUUCAGUGGACGAUGGCAGCAACAAUAUCGGUGCUGCUGUUGACCUCGGCAUCAAAUACAUCACCACACCGGACGGCAUCGCUGUGGACUGGGUGGGCAGGAACCUCUACUGGGCAGACUCCAGGCUGAAGAGGUUAGAGGUGGCCAUGUUGGACGGACGCUACAGGAAACAACUAGUCAAGACUGAUGUGGGACAUCCGUCUGCUGUGGCUGUCAACCCAAGACUGGGGAUGUUGUACUGGGCAGACCGUGGGGAAGCUGCCAGGAUCGAGUGCUCCUGGCUGGAUGGGCAGGAGAGGAAAGUCCUGGUGGCCGACGGCCUGGGUUGGCCCACCGGUCUGUCAAUAGACUUCACCAACGACGACAGAAUCUACUGGUCAGACUCCAAGGAGAGCCACAUAGAGUCUGUUCUGCCCUCAGGAGAGGGACGUAGAACUGCCGUCUACAUAGAUGUGAGGAAUCCCUUCAGUGUGAGUGUGUUCGAGGAUCACGUUUAUUGGAGCACUCAGGAGAAAGGCGAGGUGUUUCGGCAGGACAAGUUCGGCCGGGGAACAAAAACCAAGCUGCUGACUGCCGGGCCGUGGCUGACCCAGGUCUCUGUGUACCAGCAGCAGAGAUACAACUCCAUAGCUAUGAAGAGUCCGUGUAAAGGAACCUGCAGCCACCUGUGUUUGCUCCGGCCGGGAGGUUACACCUGCGCCUGCCCCGAGGGCACCAGCUUCAUCCCCGGCAGUCACACCGAGUGUGAUGCAGUUGGAAUAGCGAUAGGGGUGACGUUACUGAUUGCGGUUCUGCUGGUGGCUCUGGUCUGUGCUGCCAGGAAGAAGUCCAGCCUGCUGGAGGCGGUACAGAGCCACCUGCCCAGUAUGCCCAGUAUGCCCCGUAUGCCCUCAAUGCCUUCAAUGCCCAACCUGCCACGCUUCAGAAACAGUGCUUCUAACGCAUCGCCAACAGAGGAGGCUGAAGUUCCCUGUAUGUCUGUGUCCAUGUUGGAAACAGACGUGAAGAGUUUUGGGAACCCAGCAUAUGAAGUCGGAGAACAGCCUGCUUCCACGAGCGCUGUGGCAGCGACCUUGGCUCCUGAUCUUACAAACAAGGAGAACAUUAUUAACCCUUUGUAUGUGGAGGAAGUUAAAGUUGUGGACGAGCCCUCAAGAAGUGCAAACACAGCCGCCACGGAGCCUUUUGAGAACCCGGCAUACGGCUCAGACGUGGAAGACAUCGACGACACUUCUACACAACAACCUGCUUCCAGCACACAGCCCGUUGAACCCAUUGUGGAUGAGAGUUUUGUGCCGUUCCAAAACCCCACAUACACGGAGCAAAAACCAGAUUCUGACAUUUGAUCCGACCUCGUCAUCACGGAUUAAACUGGAUGGCGUUUCAGGGCUGGACUCGUCAUUUCCUUUGGAGGGAGGACUUAGAACAAAGAAAGAAAACUAAUGAAAUGAUUUAAUGUGAGAUCCAUUCAAUAAGUGAAUAGUAACUUAUGAAUUCUGUAUUUAUGAUGAGUUUGUAUCAUAUCCUUAUGUACAUUUUGAUUCUGAGAAGUUGAAUAUUAAAACUGCUUUUAUCAUC